AUGGCGGAGCAAGAUCCCAGCGGGACCUCCCAGAUCGGAUUCCUUCCCGUCAAUCAGAGGAACUCACCCCCUGCGUCGAAACAUCGACGGGCGUAUUUAUCUUGCGAGCGCUGUAGGAAGCGCAAGUCGCGCUGUGAACCGUUACAGGGAGAGACGCGAUGCAAGAGAUGUGUCGCGGAUAAUCAGGUUUGUGAGUUUCGUGCGACGAGGAGUACCAAGAGAAAGGCAUCUCCAAUUGAGAGAGAUGGGCGUCGUCAACGAGGGGACGAACCUGGGCCUCGGCCUGACACGGUGGAAUUUCAACCUUUUGAAACGGGAGAUACACCACAGACACGACAUGCAAUGGAGAUGAACACGCUUGAGAGCCCGGUUACGACCGCCCUAGAUGCAAGAUCAAGGCUUGUCUCUACGCAUAUCCACAACACGGCAGAUGCAUUGGACCUGUUGACUUUUGCUGCGACGGGGAGUCAAGGUUAUAACCCGUCAGAUACACCAGCACAUGAGAGUCAAAUCUCAUCAGCUAUGCCUUCGAGUGUUUACGGUCCAUCAGCCGAAGCGAGAAGAAUAGCAAGCGCCUGGUCUGGAUUUGUCCUAAUCAGAAAGGGUGUCAUCUCACAGCAAGAAGUCAUCGAGUACCUGGACUUUUUCUUUGAGAGACUCUGGCCGCUGAAACCUGUUGUUCCUUCUUAUUAUCGCAACAGAACGUCAUACGUACAACUGGCCGUGGAGGAACCUCUGUUACUCACGUGUCUUGUCACGAUUGCGUCGCGAUACUUUCCCCUGUCUGGAUCACAUGGCGAAAUCAGAUCUGAAAGGAUACACUGGCAGGUUUGGAAGUUUCUUCAGCGGUUUCUGCAGUCCGUCAUGUGGGGAUCGACUACGACCCGAUCUCUUGGGGCUAUUUCGUCAAUGAUUUUGCUUAUUGACUGGCAUGUCAAGGCUAUCAACAAUCCUAUGGACUUUACUGAGGGUGAUGGGGAAGCUAUCAACUUUGUGGAUGAUUCUAUGGCGGGGUUCAGGGAACAUCCUGGUGAUUCAUUGACGGGUCAGCGUCGCUAUGGUAUGACUUCUUUGAUGGAGAAGUUGAAUAUUGUAUCUCCAGCGUACCGCAGUAACAAGAUGUCGUGGAUUCUGUUGUCUAAUGCUAUAGCCCUUGCACACGAAGGCUGCUGCUUCGAAAACGAAUCCCACACACCAUCAACAUCCUCCUCCGAGUCUGAAGCCAUCCGGCAAGAAUGGAGCCGUCUCGUCUGCGUCUUCAUCUACCUAGCGGAUGAGAGCCUAGCCACUCGCCUCGGCCUCGAACCUUUACUCCCAGAAAAGUCGAGACAAGUUGUCAAAGAUAGGUUCUCUACGACAUUUGCGGAUUCUUUAUCUGAUAGUACGUUGUGGGAGGGGUAUCUUGAACUUGCUGUUGAGGCUCGGAAGGGGAGAGAGUUUCUACACUCGCUCAAGAAAAAUGGCACGUCGCUUUCGAGCUUGAACUUGGUUCCUACUCUUGAGCACUUGAGACGAUCUUUGAGUCGCUGGAAGAGACAGUAUCAUCAUCACUACGACUCCAAUACCUUUCUGAGUGCAUGCUUGGACAUGGAGUUUCACUACAUCACCAUGUACUGCUUCGCUCCCGCUGCACAGGCUUUGCCGUCAUCUUCGAGAACAGCGGCUAAUGCGCUGUCCGAAUUUUCUGAUCAAGCGGCACAGGCGAGCUACUCCCUCUUGGCUGUUAUCGUUGAUGUGCUUGAGCCGGGAAAGCUGAUUGCAUACUUACCUGUUCGAUGUUGGCUGUUUAUCGUAGCUGCGAGUCUACAUCUGUUAAAGGCUACAAUUGCCAAAGAGCAGCAUGUUUCACUCUCACAUCCCAACAUCCACCUCCUUCGAUCCGUCAUCGACGCCAUCCGCCUAGGCUCCCCAGAUGAUUCCCACAUGGCCAUGCGGUUCUCAAAAUUUCUCGGAAUCAUGCUCCAGGCCUCUUUGCCCCCUCCUCGAAGCACUGCACCUGAAGGAACCCAGCAAGGUCCUGAACUAAAUGGAGUAGCUUCUCAGGGUGAAGGCAGCAUUGAAGGACCCUUUGCUUCCAUAUUUGAGGAUGUGGGCAUCUGGGAUAUUCCGCUAAACAUCGAUGUUGUUUCUGAUCCUUUUACGUGGUGGGACUCUUUUUCGGGGAGAAAUGGGUUUGCUAGGUUUCCAUAA